AUGAAGACGAUGGUUGGUGAACAAGGGAUCAACAUCAGUGGUACCGCUGCAAACACGCCUACAACACCACAAAAUGCGGUACCGAAAGCUCCUGUCACGCAACAACAAUCGACUGGUCACAUGGGAAACUCAUAUGUGACAUUUAUGCGUGGCUGCACUGAACAACUUCGGCAAAUUGUCACGGAUGAAGUAUGGGUGAACACGUUGUUCGAGGCAACGGUCAUGCUCCAUCUGUGUUCCCAUCGUCUCUGGGAAAUGCCACAGCUGCCGUAUCAAACGUCUCAAAUUGCAAAUGUGUAUGAAAUCGCUUUACGGUUAACGGCUGGCUUCUGUGGAAAAAUCGAUUUUUUGGAACCUUAUCGUGGGAAUGGGCCUGGUCCUAACAUGUGA